AACAAACAUUGGCAGUAGAAUGGCCUUACUGAAGAGGUCAGUGACUUUCAACGUGGCAUCGUCAUAGGAUGCCACCUUUCCAACAAGUCAGUUCGUCAAAUUUCUGCCCUGGUCAACUGUAACUGCUGUUAUUGUGAAGUGGAAACAUCUAGGAGCAACAACGGAUUUUAGCAGUGAAGUGGUACGCCCCACAAGCUCACAGAAAGGGACUGCAGAGUGCUGAAGCACAUAACAAUUGUCUGUUCUCGGUUGCAACACUCACUACCAAGUUUCAAACUGCCAAAUCGCCCAACAUCAGUGCCUGACCUCACUAAUGUUCUUGUGGCUGAAUGGAAGCAAGUCCCUGCAGCAAUGUUCCAACAUCUAGAGGAAAGCCUUCCCAGAAGAGUGGAGGCUGGUAUUGCAGCAAAGGGUGACCAACUCCAUGAUUUUGGAUGGAGAUGUUCGACAAGCAGGUGUCCACAUACACUACAUGACCAACAGUAUCUCUAUAUCCGGCUGGCCUUUAUUUUACCCAGACAAGAUCGACCGCAGGCUUCCUUUCCCCUUUUCUGUUCCCUGGAUGUAAAGCGAUUUUCCGCACCUGAAAACGUCCUUGCUCGUUUCAUAGGCAGUCAACCCGUCUGUCGAGUCGUGCACGGCGAACCGUGGUUGGCGCGCGCCUAUCGCGCCCCACUCCGUAUUUUUUUUUUAUACUUAAACAGGAGGAAGCAUGCGCCAGAGCUCGCGGGAGAGAAAGAAGAGCGUUGACAGCAGCGUCGCAUCUCCGUCUUUCGAGGUUUAAAUCAAAGGAUUACAGCAUCAAUUAUUUUCGUCCAGAGUCUAUGAAAACUUCAGUUUGAAACGGGUUUAGCAGAGGAUAGAUGGGAUCCUAUCUUUAACUGGGAGUCCUCCAUCCAACUAUCCUUCUCCUUAUCUCUCCGUCCUGUCCUGGUCUGGUGUGCAGCCUGAGGGAGCUGUGGUUCUGAUCAGACCUCUGGGAGGUAGACCCAGAGAGAGGAGCACACAGGACCUGCUAUGGCCAGCGCAGCAGAUGGUGUAGGGAGCCUGAGGAGCCUGAGGAGCCUGGGGCCGGAGCAGCACCUCAGUGUCCAUGACCAUGUGGUGAACGACCACGGAGCCUGGGCCACCGCCAUGAACAACCUGGGCAUCGUACCCAUGGGCCUCGGCAGGCAGCAGUUGGUCUCAGAUUCUCUCUGUAUCCAGGGUUUUGAUCCAGGGCUGGGUCUCCUAGCUCCCAUCAACCCCAUGAUGGCAGGUAUCAGCCUGGUCCCUCCUCCCCCUGGUCCCCCCAUCAUCAAGGAGAUCAUCCACUGCCAGAGCUGCACCCUGUUCCCCCAGAACCCCAACCUGCCUCCUCCGUCAACACGGGAGCGCCCCCCAGGGUGUAAGACAGUGUUUGUGGGGGGUCUGCCAGAGAAUGCCAGCGAGGAGAUCAUCAGGGAGGUGUUUGAUCCGUGUGGUGACAUCAUCGCCAUCAGGAAGAGCAAGAAGAACUUCUGUCACAUCCGCUUCAGUGAGGAGUUCAUGGUGGACAAGUCCCUCUACCUCUCUGGCUACCGGAUGCGUAUCGGCUCCAGUACAGAUAAGAAGGACUCAGGGAGGAUGCAUGUGGACUUUGCUCAGGCCAGAGACGACCUGUAUGAGUGGGAAUGUCAACAGAGGCUGCUGGCCAGGGAGGAACGACACCGACGCAAGAUCCAAGAAGACUUCUUCCGACCACCCUCGCCACCUCCCAUCAUGCACUUCUCAGACCACGAGGCAGGACUGCUUGCGGAGAGAUUGAAAGAUGACCAUAACUUCAGUGAAGCGACUGCGGUCCUGUUCACAUGGAUCGACCGUGGUGAGGUCAACCGGCGGUCGGCUAAUCACUUCUACUCUAUGAUCCAGUCGGCCAAUAGCCACGUCCGGAGACUGAUGAGUGAGAAGGCCCAGCACGAGGAGGAGAUGGAGCUAGCCAAGGAGACAUUUAAAAACUCCCUACUGGCCAUACUGACUCAGUUCGAGCAGAUCACGGCUGUGUUCACCGCUGCCUCCAGGCAGAAGGCAUGGGACCAUUUCACUAAAGCGCAGCGCAAGAACAUAGACAUUUGGAGAAAGCAGUGUGAGGAGCUGCGGAACGUCAACAGUGAGGAGAUCAUGGGGAUUCGCCGGGAGGAGGAGAUGGAGAUGUCUGAUGAUGACUCGGAUGAGAGCCCCUGUAAGAAGAUACGUAGGGAGGACAACGGUGUGUGUGGCCAGUCUGGGGCCUCUCUGAGGGAGGAGAAUGACUCUCUGCGCUGGCAGCUGGAUGCCUACAGGAACGAGGUGGAGCUGCUGAGGAAGGAGCAGGGCAAGGCCUGCCACCCCGACGACCCCGAACACUCCCUCAACACACACACACACCUGCUACAGCAGAGCAUGCACAACAUGCAUCAGCAACUGCUGAGUCUGCAGGAUCAGCUGAGGAGUAAGGAGGUGGAGCUGGAGCAGGCUAGAGACGAACACAGAUACCUGGAGGGAGAGGUCCUAGCCCUGAGAGACAAGAUGCUGACUAACGGGGAUGUAGUGGUAGUGGAGGGGACCAACGGAGAAACACCUGAGAAGGUAGUGAACGGCUAUGCCACCACUCUGUACCGCAGCAGAGACAGGAGGAGUGAAGCAGCCAUGAGAGGACCCCUCACAUCAGAGAGAGAGGCUCUGCUACUGGGCAUCAUAUCUACCUUCCUCCAUGUCCAUCCGUUUGGAGCCAACAUCGACUAUCUGUGGUCCUACAUUCAGAGACUGGACACUACGGUGUCAGCGGGUGAGUUGGAGUCUCUGAUGGGUCGUCUGCCCAGUGUCUUCAGACAGGAGCUGAGUGGAGUGGGAGCCACGCUGGAGAAACGCUGGAAGUUCUGUGGCUUCCAGAGCCUCGCCUCCAUGUGACACAGGGACACAAACACAUCACAUGACCCAAGACACACACAUGGCCUGACAGACCACGUGUGGUACAGGAACAUACACGCUUCCUGACCAGCCACAAAGCCUGGUGGACACAUGAAUAGAAGGCGUGUCAAAUCCACAGACUGUGUUUGAACGGUGUGUGUAUGUUGUGUAUCCAUAGACAUCCACAGUACAUGGUGAUGAUUCUCAUACACAAAACAGACACUGAUGGAUCUUUCCGAGGUUAUAUCUUUGAGAAGGAUUUGCUGACACGGAGGUAGAGGGAUCCACACGGAUCUCCACUCGAUGCUGUAUAACUAGAUCCAUGGACGUCAGCCAAGGAGGUCACAGAGCAGACAUUCUCUAUGGUAACCUAGUGACCAGACCCGAGCCAACAGAACCUCUCAUUGACUGGAGUUGUGUGUCAUGCCUAUUUCUCUGUUCCCUCUCUUUCUCUGUUCUCUCUCUCUCCCUGGAGCAGUUGUGUAACUAAUUUGUCAACAGCUGACUCCCACUAGGCUGGGAGGGAUCCAGGAAUAUCGGAUGGCUGCAAUCGAAAUAUGGAUGGGAAUGGGGAAAAUUAGAGAAUUGGGUUACUGAUUUAUAACUGUAACCCUUGUUACCCCUCACGUCCAGUGUGUUGUGGGGCUUUUUGCUGUAAAACCCAGUUUCACACUCCAACAGGAUUGAACCAUUAGCCAGCCUCUCUCUCUCUGUCUGUCUGUGACCCAGAACUGACUUUAGUAGCCUACUGAUGACUGGUACUGAUACUGUUGGGUUGGGUUGGGUACUGUAGGUCUCCCCCUCUGGAUGUCUCUCUUUGCUCUGGCCUUCUGUGUCCAGUGUGUGCUGUGCGUUCUGCCACUGUUUAAUUGGUAUCUACUCAUUUAAAUUAUUAUGUUUUCUAAUGUAAUAAAAGGUUUUUAUCCAAACAUCUUCUGAUCAAUCUAAAAACAUUUUCAAUUCAAGAAGCUUUAUCGCCAUGACAAGCAACUCAAUUCACAGGCUGGUAAUGGCAAGACAAGGCUGUUAAUGGCAAGACAAGGCUGUUAAUGGCAAGACAAGGCUGGUAAUGGCAAGACAAGGCUGUUAAUGGCAAGACAAGGCUGGUAAUGGCAAGACAAGGCUGGUAAUGGCAAGACAAGGCUGUUAAUGGCAAGACAAGGCUGGUAAAGGCAAGGCAAGGCUGUUAAUGGCAAGACAAGGCUGGUAAAGGCAAGACAAGGCUGUUAAUGGCAAGACAAGGCUGGUAAAGGCAAGACAAGGCUGUUAAUGGCAAGACAAGGCUGGUAAUGGCAAGACAAGGCUGUUAAUGGCAAGACAAGGCUGUUAAUGGCAAGACAAGGCUGGUAAUGGCAAGACAAGGCUGUUAAUGGCAAGACAAGGCUGUUAAUGGCAAGACAAGGCUGGUAAUGGCAAGACAAGGCUGUUAAUGGCAAGCCAAGGCUGGUAAAGGCAAGACAAGGCUGUUAAUGGCAAGACAAGGCUGGUAAAGGCAAGACAAGGCUGGUAAAGGCAAGACAAGGCUGUUAAUGGCAAGACAAGGCUGGUAAAGGCAAGACAAGGCUGUUAAUGGCAAGACAAGGCUGUUAAUGGCAAGACAAGGCUGUUAAUGGCAAGACAAGGCUGUUAAUGGCAAGACAAGGCUGUUAAUGGCAAGACAAGGCUGUUAAUGGCAAGACAAGGCUGGUAAUGGCAAGACAAGGCUGUUAAUGGCAAGACAAGGCUGGUAAUGGCAAGACAAGGCUGGUAAUGGCAAGACAAGGCUGGUAAUGGCAAGACAAGGCUGUUAAUGGCAAGACAAGGCUGGUAAUGGCAAGACAAGGCUGGUAAUGGCAAGACAAGGCUGUUAAUGGCAAAAGAUACAUGCUUUUGCAUACAUUAGAAAUACUGUAUGUUUUGGUUUAAUGUUUGUGAUCCAGAUAGUGAGCUGAUAUUCCAUGUUGGAUGAUGUGCUGCAUCUCCCUGAUGACGGAGGUUGAAGAAUGUAUUAAUUCUGGAUGAGAAGAGAGAGAGAGAGAGAGAGAGAGAGAGAGGAGGAGCAGGAGCAGAACUCCUCUCCUCCUCUCCCGGUACUUUCUCCUCUCCUAUAGCUUCUGAUCAUGUGCUGGUAUGCUAUAUAGGCCCGAUUCCGAAAUAACACCUUUCUUACACACAUUUUUCCUACGCACUUCUCACUAGCUGGUAUUCCACAACGUUAGUCUAAUAUGAUCCACUAAUGCCAGUGACCCUCACAAACAACUUACAUGGAGGUGACAGAGGAAAGGAAGGUAAACAGAACGGAAUGGAAUGACGCAAAAUGUGAGCUACAAAUUGAAGAAAACAAACCGUAAAAUGAUAGUUAUAAAUGUAUGAGGAUAUUACUGACGGUGUCUCCCAAUAUUGGCUAAUUUUUAACAUGAUUGUACACACAUUGUACAAUAAAACUAAUAAAAGCUUAGGCAUAGGCUACAAUUAAAACAUUCAUAUAUCAAAUUCUGAGGGCCCACAAUGAAAAUUCUGAAUAACGGCACAGCUAUUUAUAGCAUAUUUCACUGUGGAAAAGGGGCCACAAUACAUGUCGUGUUGAUGUGGUUUUCAUGUUGCUUCCAUAUGUCUGGUUUCACAUUCAUCUCCAGGGAACAUAAGGGACAAUUCUCUAAAACAAUUGCUUUGUGUAUUUACAAUCCCCUUCUCCAAAUGAAUGACUCAUUUACCUAGCUCUUAUCAAUAGAUAUUAUCCAUUCAUAAAUACAGUGCAUGAAGAAUGCUGUAGUAGAUGCUUUUUCCACUUGGACCCAGCAGGUUCAGUCGACCUUUUCAUGGUUUCCUAUCUCGUUACAGUUGUGGAAUAAUGAGGGAAUUAAGUCAAGGUCAGAAUAAGGCUUAUAUCUAUGGAGACACACCUCCGCCACACCGUAAUGUCUUUGAUCUCCACCCGAACGAAUAGUGUGUGAAUACCAUGCUAUUCAAGGUUCGAAUACGCAUAUGGAGAAAGUUCAUAAGAAGGGAAUAACGUUCCAUUUACGUACGCUUAACUCGGGUCGGAAUCAAGGCAGCCUAUGUUGGUAAAUCUGUGCUGAGAGCAUGUUGUAAAGCACCACACACACACUUACAUACAAUACACACUGUAUUGCUUUGACUGAUGCAACAGCAGGGUAAGCAGGGGAGUAUAUGGGAGAAUCUGGCCCUGUCUGCUCUGCACUAACCCCAUUCUGCUCUCUCAUGGAUAGAGGAUUGCUGUCACCAUGGAGAAAGCAGUAUGAAGGGUCAUAGGCCUGUAAUAUGCAACUGUAGUAGAUGGAGAAACCAGACCACUGCAGCCACUGUACCACUCAGACCCAUGUAAUGCAUAUAGGGCUCUGGUUCCACUGCUCUUUUCAUUCUAUUAAUCCUCCUAUCCACAAAAGAGAUCAGCUGGCCAGAUGUGAUUGGAUUGGAGUGUAGUCCAUUUCAGAGAUGUAUAUUUAAUCCCUGAUUGACACCUGGCAGUGGAGCCAAGGCUUUGCUGAGUUUUCCCUCCAUCCCUCCAUCCCACAGCUCUGCUCUCCAUAUGAUUCCACUUUAGACAAACUCUCUCAUCUGCCUCAGGAUUUCAGCACACAUAUUCAGGAUGUCCAGCUGGAGAAAGAUAUCAAUUAAGGAAUCACAUGAUUCCUCCUCUUUACUCUGUUUACUGAUGAAAUAUUUGUCCAUUGUGAAAUAUUAUGAAAUAUCUCAUAUUUUCCCCUAGCUGCAUGGCUACCCCAUAUUUAGCAACUCAAAUAGACAAAAAAAUAGCUGAUGUAAAAAAUUUGAUAAUAUAGAAUGAAAAUAGGGUCAGAAAUGUUUCCUUACCAUGCAAUCUGACCAGGAAACACUACCACCCCCACAAUUCAUCUGUAAAUACAGAUCUACACUGAAUGAUGUCUUGAUAGUCAUAUUUGCAGAUUAGGCAUUUUCCACUGUUCUUUAUCAAUUGAAUUAAUUAAAUGUUUUAUUAAUCUUCACAUUAUCAUUCAGCAAUGACAUAGUUACUCUUAUCGGGAAUGCCUGAUUGUCUAGACAUGCCCUUGAUGUCAAAAUUAAUUCUUAAAAUGAAUUACUUUCCCAGUUUUUGAUUUCCGUCAUUGAACGCAUUUAGGGUCAAUCUCAAAAGUAAUUGGUUACAUCAAUUGAUUCAUUUAACUGUAAAUCUAUGUGACUAAAAGUAUUAUUGUCAUUUAAGCAUGAAUGAUAGUUACAGUUCUCAGAAAUGUGAUUAAAUGAACCACAUGUAGAUAAGCGACAGGAUAUUUCUAAAAGCUACUUGUACCACAGUCUUGUUUUAGGCUGAAGUUUUGGCUAAGGAAGAUUGUACACUUGACAGUUCCUUAUCCUCUGGGCCUGGCUGAAACAGAAACAUAAUCACUUCCAUGAGGGAUAUACACAGUGAUUUGCUAUUUUUACGCUCCUAAAUAGUGAACAGGAAUAAUCGCAGAGCUCAAGCCGGUGCUGUAAGGCAGCAGACCACAGCGAACUCCGCUGAAACGGCACACAGUUCAUUACACAGUAUGGUAUUCAUAGGAAGGUUUCAUUUGCUCAUGGGAGGCCCAGACAGUUUGUUAAUGUUGCCCCUGUGUUUGUACACAGACAGCAUGCAGUAGUGGUCCAUGAUGUAUUUUCUUACUCUCCCUUGCUCUGUUUUUGUGUCAUAAAAUGAAAUAAACAAAAAGUGAACAUUAAAUAUUAAACUGACACAAGUUCCAAAAUAGAGACUUUUUAAAUGUCAUAUGUCUAUAUACAGUGUUGUAACGAUGUGAAAAUAGCUAAAGUACAAAAGGUAAAAUAAACAAAUAUGGGCUGUAC